UUCUUUAGUCCCCGAGACUCCUCUGUUUCUGCUGCUGCUAUCCGUGAACACAACAAGAGUCGGGCUUGCGAAGAAAGAUCUUGGACCUUCUCCUAUCUCAAGAACCGGUUUAGAGCGAAGAGCCUGGAGGAUCAGUAUAAGAGAUACGAGCAAAGAAUUCUACUCAGCAACUACAGUGUAUAUCUGUAUCUGCAAACAGUUAUUUCAAUAUUAAUGAUCAUUUUUAACAUUGAAGAAUGUACACUCUACGGUUGCAGUUCUGACAGUGACACAGCUUUAGUAUCUACGGAUAUUACUGGUCAAAGUGUCAUAAUGAUCGUGUGUAUACUUCUCAUCAUUUUCUUAGCGAGGGAAGAAAGAAAGCGGAAAAGGAAACACAUAGCCAUGAAAAUGGACGAUAAUGCGGAACCAUUAUCUGACACUGUUUUUAAGGAAAAGCCCUGGCUUUUGUAUGUCAUGACGUUUGGAUCAAUUUUACUAAUUGAGAUCGUUGAUGUAACUGCUCUAGUGUUUUUAACCCAGACUAACACAAAAGAUAACUCAACAAAUACUUUCCAAAAACAACCAAGGAGUUUCUUGACUUCUUUGAAUUUCGCCGAACCUGAAGAAAACUAUACAAGAAUAGAUUUUCCUGAACAUAUACCACACAAGGUUCCUGUACUGUCUCUCUUCAAUAUAUUGUUUGUUUAUCUAUUCUACCCAAUAUCCAGGAAAGAUUUCUCUGUCUGUUUUGGAGUUGCUAUCAGUAUUAUCACUUUAACUGCCACUGCUGUAUGCAAUAGAUUGGUAGAUGCUCAAAUGAACACGGAAACAGAUGGGGACACUACUCAGUUAAUUGCUGAUAUUCUUUUUCACAUUUGCCUCAAUUUUAUUGGCUGGUAUUCCCGUUAUGUUGGUGAUAUUAAUAACAGACGAGGGUUCCUUGAUAAAAGAGGCUGCAUUGAGACUACAUUCAGACUGAAGCAUGAGAAAGAAAAAGAGGAGAAACUUCUGCAGAGUAUCAUUCCCGACCAUAUUUCUUCACAGUUACGAGAUGGAAUAAGAAAAUAUCUAAAAGCUAUUAUGGAAGGAACACAGAAGAUAGGCUUCAAGGAUUUAUACAUCGAGAAGUUUAACGAUGUAACUAUCGUGUUUGCGGAUAUCUGCAACUUCACCCCCCUGACCGUGACCUUGAAGCCCCAGGAGUUGGUGGAAACCUUGAACGAUCUCUUUGGAAAAUUCGACGAUGCAGCUAAAGAGCGGCAUUGUAUGAGAAUAAAAAUUCUGGGUGAUUGUUACUAUUGUGUUAGUGGUGUCCCCACCCCAGACCCAAGACACGCGCAUCAUGCGAUAGAGAUGGGCCUGGAUAUGAUAAAUCUAAUAAAAGAGGUUAGAAAUGAGCACUCAGUUCCGGUUAAUAUGAGAAUUGGAGUUCAUUCGGGAUAUAUCCUUUCAGGACUCAUCGGUCUCAGAAAGUGGCAGUAUGAUAUUUGGUCCAAAGAUGUCACUAUUGCAAACCAUAUGGAAUCUUCAGGUGAACCAGGAAAAGUUCAUUUGACUUCUGAGACCAAAAAGUAUCUGGGCGACGAUUAUAAGUGUUUUCCUGUUAGUAAGAUGGAGGAUCAGGUGAUUCUUGAAAGCGGGUAUUCAACCUACCUCAUUCAUCCACAUAAGAGACACAUUUCUGAGAAUGAAUCCUCCGAUGAGAGAGUGGAGAGGGAAGAGAAGGAGGAAGAAGAGAGGGAGAGAGAGGAUAAAUUUGAUAAAGCGUCUGUUAAGCUUGGUAAAUCAAAGUCACAGGAUGAAGAUGAACCUGAACCUGAAACUGAAACCAAACCUAGAACAGGACGAAGAGUCAGUAUAUCUUUUGCUCCUGGAACAGUAUCAGUACCGGAGAGAACAAACAAAAGAACCUUUGUUGGCAGAAGUACCCGUACCUCCUCUAUUGUAUCCCGCUCUGGUUCUAUCUGGUCCGAAGAGACAGAGAGGAAGAGAAGGAAAAGCGUUCUAAUGGAUUCAAGCUUACAUAGCUUCAAGAGUAUGAUGCAGGGAACAGAAAAGUUCAUGGAUUCUGAGAUUGAAGAGCUUCCCAUAAGAAUAGUGGACAGAUGGAGUCUUAUGAGUAGAUUCCGAAAAUCGAAGGUUGAACCUACAAGCAUGUCAGAUCAAUGGAAGAGACGAGUAUCUAAAGAUAUAAAUCCUGUCUCUUUACUCUUCAGGGAUAUGGAGUGGAACCUGGAGUACUUAAAGGAACAUGACCCUCUGUUCAAACACUACAUUUUGGCCAGCUUUAUAAUUCUGAACUUUAUGGGAAUUAUUCUAAUCGUUACAUCAUACAACACAAGACCUCAUGUAGUUCUCUGGGUCCUAUAUGUUCUGCUCUUUGUGGUUCUAGUGUUCUUAAUCCCUUGUACCUGGAUAUCAUAUAUCUGGGAUCAGAUUAUAGAUCCACAGUUUGAUCUGGAUUACAUUGCUCAACCUGACAAUGCAAUCAUCAAAUUCUUCUACCAGGCAAGUGGUAAACUGAACACGAAGUCCUUGCACAGAAACAUAAUCUUCGUGUUCGUCUCCAUCAUGAUCGUCUUCAGCGCCAUUAUGGAUAUCGUCAUCACACCAUGCAAGGCGGAGAGUCCACGGAACUACACAUACAGAUGUGCGCUUAGUAUUAUGACCAUUUUCAUGUUUCUUAGGAUCAACAAUAUUAUGAAGGUUCUGAUGACAAUGUUCUGUUUAAUAUUCUUUGCUCUUGUAAUAUCAGGAUCCCUUGGGAACCCAGCAGUUAAAGUAUUUUUCUCGAUGGAAACAUUUGGUUUUGAUCAUUGGUUGACAGAUAGUGAGGACCCGAUGGAAGAUAACAGUAACUGGUCACAUUUCCUUUAUCUGCUGGGAAUCGCCAUCCUUUUUAUCGUUAGUGACAGACAAAAGGAAUAUAUUCACAGACUCGAUUAUAUGUGGAAAAGACAGCUUAAGAAAGAUCAGCAGGAGGCUGAAACUACAAAGAUGGUAAACAAGAUUCUUCUCAAGAAUAUCUUACCUCAGCAUGUUGCAGACAUUUAUCUUAAUAGUGAGAGAGAUUGGGAAACUAUUCUCUGAAUCCUAUGAUAGUGUAGCAGUAAUGUUUGCCAGUUUACCAAACUAUAUUAGUUUCUUCUCUGAAGCUGAAAUAC